UCCCCCCUCACGUACCUGUUUCCGCGCUGGAGAAACGAUCCAGGAAAUGGAGGGGACCCCCCCCACUCCAAUGCCGGAAAUGCCCACGGUUCCGGGACCCCUGAGACCACCAGGAAACCCCCAGACCCGAGCCUUGACACCCCAGACCCCUGAGACCCCCGGAUCCAAACCGUGAGACACCAGGAGCCCUGAGAGCACCCGACCCAAACCCUGAGACCCCAUGGCUGAGACCGCAGGAACCCCAAAACCCAAACCGUGACAUCCCGUUACUCAGACCCCCAGACCGCUGAGACCCCAAACCCAAAUCCCAACACCCCAACACUGAGACCCUCAAUUCCCCAAGCCCCCCGCCUGCCCCCCUAAUCCCCCGCUCUGAGGUCCCAGGGGAUUUUUUGGGAAGGCUAUGGGGCGGGGCCCCCCAUUUCCCUCCCCUCGGGGCACUGGGGCAAAUCUCCUUCAAGGCCUGUGCGGACGCAGCUGAUGGAGGCCGCUCCCCAAACCUGGGGGGCUGCCCCAAAACAGGGGGUCCCGAGCCUCCUCCUCAUCCUCCUCCUCCUCCUCCCAGGUUCCAAGUGCCACAACGACACCAAUUCCCCGAUUUCCUCCCUGGCUGUGAACACCACCCCUCGCUCUGGCCCCUCCUGUGGCCCCUGGCCAGAGGUCCACGUGUGGCCCGGGCCCCCCUCCCGCUCCGGAGCCCUCGGGGACCCCCUGACCCUCGAGUGCCGCUUCAAGGCGCCGGCGGCCGCCAAGGUCACCUGGCUGCAGGUGUGUCCCCGGCGCUACCGCGGCGACAGCUGGAGCUGCAGCUGGCCCCAGGAGGUGUCGGCCUCGGGCAAGGGUCUCGAGGUGGUUGGUGGCGACAAUCUGUCCAAGCUGAACUUCCAGCACCUGGAGCACAACCACAGCGGGCUCUACUUCUGCCGGGUGGAGUUCGGCAAGGUGGCCGCACGCUCCUGUGGGACUUUUGUGCGGGUCCGUGAGCCAGUGCCAGUGCCGUUCCUGGACCUGGGGGAGGCCACCAAGAACAGGAUCCUGACGGCGCAGGGGGUGCUGCUGCUGCUCUGCGCCGCGGGGCCGGGGCUGCUGCUGCUCUUCAGGAAGCGCUGGGCCAACGAGCGGCUCCUCCAGCCCAAGAAAAUAUCCUGCGAGGAGGAAAAUCUUUAUGAGGGGCUGAACCUGGAUGAGUGCUCCAUGUACGAGGACAUUUCCCGGGGGGUCCAACCCACCUACCAGGACGUGGGGACCCCCCCCACCACUGACGGCCUCCUGGAGAAGCCUUAAAAGACCCCCUAAAACAGGGUGGGAUCCCACAGGACCCCUCCCCAAACCCCUGCAUGCCCCCCACCCCCCAAAGGCUUUGCUUUGGUAACUGAAGGCCGUGCUGCCUCCUCCCCUCCCAAUAAAGCUGAUGAAUCGCUAA